GAUAAAAGACGGCGGGUAUAGGUUUCCGGGGCCCCCGCCCGCUGGCACGCACAUCGGCCUCCUGAAGGGCUGGCUCACCGGGAGGCCAGGAGGGGCCGCUUCCCCUUGCCUGGCAGGUGCCCCAUCUUCUGCUCUGAAUAUUUGAUGGCCCCGCAGGAAGGAUAGCGCUUCCCGGGUCGGGAGCAGGGAGCGGUGGAGGCAGAGCCAGUAAUGAGCCCCCCUGGGUCCCCCCGUGCGGCAGUCAUGCCUGCAUCUGGAAACCAGCUGGGCCCUCCCUCCUCGGCAGCACCCCCUCCAUCCAAGCGCUGCUUGCUGAUUCCAAUUGAAGCCCGCACCGCAGGAGCCUCGGGCCUCACGCGGCCAACGGCCGGGGCUGGGGGGCCAGGCCGGAUGCCUACAGAGGGCUGGCCCGGCCUUCGUCCCGCCCGCGCACCUGCCGGACCCUCAGCCUCCUACCGAGGCCGCCCAGCGCUCUUCUCUGGGCAGAAGAACCAGAGGAGAGGUCCCAAUGCUCAGUCAGGACAGGCGCUGGCACCUGGCACCUCCACCAUGUGGGAGCGAGGCAGGCCCAUGUUACAGAUGAGGAAAAUAAAGUCCAAAGCAAGGAACUGGUCCACAUCCACGCAGCUGCUGGAGCCCUGGUCUUCUGAGGCUCCUUCCGGCAGCAACGGCCCCCUCCUACCGGGCAUGUCGUGUCAGUGUCUGUCUACACGCGGCGCUCACAAGGGCGGGGACCGGGCGUGCCUGGUCCUGGACGGAGCCUGGUGCUUGGAGAAGCCCGCAAACGCUCGUCCCGUGAAGGAGUGCCCAGAUGGAUGGAUGGGUGGACAGACGCCUGUCCACGUGGUGAAGCAAGCAGUUAAGUGGGAAGUCAGAGAACAGAGAGAGGGGAGUGCAAGCACAAGCCCGAGAGGGAGUCUAAAAGAAAGUUUCCGCGUGUGUGGGUGGGGGAAAGCAGAAAAGCAGCAGCUGUUAUCUUUAGCAGAGCUUUCUGGAGAGAGAUGAACCCAGGGUCACAUGGAAAGAACAGUCAGGAGACCAGGGUCACUUUCCACCAUGGUCCCAACUUGCUGGUGACCUUGCUAGGGGCCCUGACUUGCUAGGGAGUGGGGUUGACCAAAAGCCCCAGGCCCCGGAGCCCUGAAGCCCUGGCAGGGCAGGGCCGACCCUGAUGCGGCCAGGCGGCUGUGUGUGUGUGUGUGUGUGUGUGUGUGACUUCUACCUCGCCCCAGGUCCACUUGGGGCCACUGGGCCCCGCUGUGUCUCACAGCCACGAGGCCUGAAUCUGCCAAAUCUUGGCUCCGUGCAUCGGGACAAGUCACUGUGAGCUUCGGGGUUCCCAUCUGUGACGCCACAGAGGGGCUUUGAACCCCUCCCUAGUCCCCCACCACGAAGUUGCUGGGAGCUCCAGUAGAAUCCGGUUUGUGUAAGAAACUGUAUAUCCAUGAAGUGCUACCUGCAAAGACAUUAGGAUGGAGAGAUUUGUCUUCUAGCUGUCCUUCCUUCCCUCCCCGGCCCCCUCUGGCUCCCAUAAUGUCCCGUGUGUGUCCUGGGGUCCUUCCUUUUAAGCAAUCCUAGUGCUAAUGAUGGCAACUUAAGUAUUCUUUCUUUCCAGGAGGAGAGGGGUCCUCUGAAAGCCAAAUACAGGCUCUCUCCCGGGCAAGAUUCCGGCCAGGAAUGAAGGAAGCUGGCAGGACGAGCAGAUGCCCGUUCAACCUGCUCCCUGGGCCCAAACAUCCCUUGGGACCCCUGGAAGCUUCUCCCCAAAUGCCACUCCCGGAAGCUGGGUGGGGCUGCGCUUUGGGGAAGGAGAGGCGGAGCUAAGAUGUUAGGCCAUUCCUCAGGGCACCUCUUAUCCACCCCUCGCUGCACAGACAGGACCUCAAGAAGGGCCAGGAGCUGCCCAGUGUUACCCAGUGAGUCAGCCCCAGGCCCCCCCACUCUUCUGACUGCACUCAUGUUGCCUUCUCAAGGUGCUCACCGGCUGGGCCAUCGUCCUGCGGGAUCUGACGGUGGCAGAGGUGAGCAGCACCCCUGGGUUCAUCUGCCUGUAGCACGGGGGCAUCUGGGGAGCUGCAGAACUUGGCCAGGCACCCUCCACCCCAGGGGAGCCCAGGGGAUCCCUCGCCUCUGUUAGGAAGGCUCAGAUUUGGAAGCCAAAUGCAGGCUUGGCUGCCAAAGAGUUCUUGGCCAGAGGCAAACGCCUCCAAUCCUAACAAAGGAUCAGCCCCUUCACUUUCUAGCUGCUAGCCUCCCCCUAAAACCCAAAAGCGACCCUCUAGUUUGGCCUUGAAUGCCGAAACAGCGACCCCUGCUGGUGGCCAGGUGUUUGCAUCACCAGGCUCUGACCCUGAUGUCUUAAGGCAGCUUGGAGAGCAAGCUGGGCAGUAGGCACAGACCAGAAGGAACGGAAUGACCAUCUAUGCCUCGCCCCGAUAGCAAAGGCCCAGAGGGAGAACCCUUAGUUCCCAGCCUUCCGGGGCCCUCCUGGAGUUGCCCAGACCUGCCCUCCCCAGAGUUGCCCUCCCUUUCGUCUGCACAAACAAGGCCUUCUGCUUGCCAAUGGCAGCUCUCUUCUCACCCAUUAUACUGGGCCGCUUGUGCGGACGGAUACAAAGCUGGGAAAUUCUGAAAGGCAGAGCCCGCCCAGGCUGCCUGAGUAAUUCAGGCCACCCGCUGUA